AUGGAAAAAGAAACUUUGAAUGCUUACGCGAGUGAAGUAGUAGCCAUGACUACGAGCUUGCCGGAAUUCGAUGUUGGUGGCCGCACUGAGUUGUGGGCGGUGCUGUGGGGAUUAAAAAGAUCUUGGGAGUUGAUAUGGAAGAGGCUUAUUAUUGAGACUGAUUGUAUGGAAGUGAUUGAUUUAGUUGUAUCUGGCUGGCCUGAUUAUCAUCCGGAUUGGCACUUGCUAGAAGAGAUCAAAUGGUGGAUGGAUCGUGAAUGGGAUGUAAGGUUGGAUUGGUGCUCCAGAGAUGUCAACUUAGCUGCAGACACGUUGGCAAAGAAGCCAUUGUUAUCAGCUAAAGGGAUAAAUUUUUUCUGCACUCCUCCAAGAUGUAUUCAGAGCUUGGUCGGCACUGAUGCCAUUGUGUAG